AUGGUUUCCAACGCAAUCUGGGUCGCGCUGGCUUCCAUGCCGAUUCUCGCCGCAUCUCAGGCACUCAGCAAGGUCCUUGCCACUGAAUCAGCUUUCUCGUCAUUUCACGACGUUCUCCAACAUCAUGAUCUCUUGAAAGAUCUGGACUCCGAGAGGAACAUCACAUGUUUCAUACCGAACAAUGAUGCAAUUCAAUACCUUUCAGAUUUCGGCAUCAACCUGACUACUGCGGACCCUGCAAUAGCAAAAGCACUUUUGGCAUAUGGGCUCAUUGACGGAAUCCACGCUUCGGAGAGGCUCACUGCAUUCGGAAAAACGCGUCGGUUCCGCUCGCAUCUAAUGCCGCCGCUUUUCACCAGUAUCACAGAGGGACAAAGCGUCAACAUCCGCGUACAGCAAAAGGAAGAUGGGGUCAUCAUUGCUCUCGAGACCGGGUUACAGAUCCUGACGGAGGUGGUCCAGAGGGACAUCUCCUUUGAUCAUGGUGUACUUCACGGCACAAAGACCAAUAUGGUUUUGCCAGAGAACAUAUCAGACACUACGAGACAAAACCACAUGACGGGAUACUUCGAACUCAUGAAGAAGUCUGGUACCGAAGCACAACUCAAUAACAUCGUUGGUACGACUUAUUUCGUGCCCAGCAACAAGGCUAUCGCUAAGUACAAGCCAUUGCUCAACAUGCUCACGCCAGAGCAACUGGCGACGGUAGUGUUGCAGCAUGUCACUACUGACCAAGUCCUGUACGAGGACAUGGUGAACCACAGUGGCUUAUUGCUGAAGAGCCUAUUCAAUAGCACCAUACAGAUUGAUCGCGACAGUCGGGGCGAGCUUCGAGUUAACGGUCAUGGGGUUCGAGCAGAGGACAUGCUACUUACCAAUGGAGUUGCGUACCUCAUUGAUGACAUGAUCCUUCUGACUUCAGACGUGAACAAUAUGCCAACGCUCGACAGUGUACUGCUGUAUGACAGCAUCUACCGGCGUUCGUUGACAUGGGUCAAAGACAACAUCAUGAAGGUGGUCACGGCUGUUGCAUUCAGCAUACUGCUCGUGACCUAUAUGGUAAACAAGAUGCAGCAACGGCGUUCAACUCGGUACCAGAGAGUCGGGUGGCUUGGAGAAUGGCAAGAGAAGAAGUAG